AUGAUGAAGGGGAUAAUAGUGAGGCAAAUAGGACAAAUGAAUAAAAGAUAUUGGACUCAUGACGAGGAAGAAAGACCGGCCAAAGCUUGGUUGAAUGCUAGUAAAGAUCCAGUUAAGGGUAAUGACAAGAAAUUUGAAACAUUUUGGAAGGAAGUGACUGAUAACUUUAACAAGAAAGGAAUGGGAAGCGAAGAAGGAAAUAAACCAAUUGAAGAGGAAGAGGCACGUAAAAUGUAUGAAACCAGAUUUGGAAAGCGCUUUUCGUUGGUGCAUUGGUGGAAGGUAUUAAAAGAGGAGCCCAAAUGGUGUGCUCGGUUUGAAACAGAGAAAGAGAAGACCGAGAUAGUUGAUGUUCCGUGCAAAAGAAGAUCGAAAGGUGGAGUCGAGAAGGUUCUUGACGCACAAAUUCGAGAUAGCAAAUGCAAAUUUGAAGGCAAAAAGGAGCAAAAGGAAGCAAAGAUGUUUGAGGUCUACAAUUCCCUGCUCAAUCAAGAUACAAGUCACAUGACUGCAGAUCAAAAGGCCAAUCGAGAGAAGACAUUACAUAAGCUUGAAGAGAAGUUGUUUGCUUCGAGUAAGAUGUCUGAGGAAAAUGAGUACACUGAUCAGAAUUCUCUGUACUCGUUGGAUGAGUUCUUGGCUGAGGGUCAGAUCAUAGAUGAUGUUCUCAAUGAAGCCACGCUUGUUAUACAAUCAACCAUCGAAGGUCUUCAGAAAGAGGCUUAUGACCAUCGAUCCCAUCCGAGGAAACACAUCAAACGGCCACGAGAGGAAGCACAUCAGAAACUAGUGACUGAUUAUUUCUCAGAAAAUCCUCUUUAUCCUUCAAAUAUUUUUCGCCGAAGAUUUCGUAUGUCUAGGCCACUUUUCCUACGCAUUGUUGAGGCCUUAGGCCAAUGGUCUAAUUAUUUUACACAAAGGGUGGAUGCUGUUAAUCGGCAAGGGCUGAGUCCACUACAAAAGUGUACUGCAGCUAUUCGCCAAUUGGCUACUGGUAGUGCUGCAGAUGAACUAGAUGAAUACUUGAAGAUUGGGGAGACUACUGCAAUGGAGGCGAUGAAGAAUUUUGUCAAAGGUGUUAGAGAUGUGUUUGGUGAAAGAUAUUUGAGGCGCCCCACUAUGGAAGAUACUGAACGUCUACUGAAACUUGGUGAGAGACGAGGUUUUCCCGCAUGUGAAAACUGGCUGCUGAUCGCAAUCCGUCUGGUGGCGCUGGGGUUCUUCCUGACAUGGCGCAUUCGGCACUCGAACCCAGAAGCGGUGUGGCUGUGGGCGCUCUCGGUGACGUGCGAGGUCUGGUUCGCCUUCUCCUGGCUUCUCGACAGCCUCCCCAAGCUCUGCCCCAUCCACCGGGCCGCCGACCUGGACGUCCUCGCCGAGCGCUUCGAGCUGCCCACCGCGCGCAACCCCAAGGGCCACUCCGACCUGCCCGGCAUCGACGUCUUCGUCUCCACCGCCGACCCGGAAAAGGAGCCGCCGCUCGUCACCGCCAACACCAUCCUCUCCAUCCUCGCCGCCGACUACCCGGUCGAGAAGCUGGCCUGCUACCUCUCCGACGACGGCGGCGCGCUGCUCACCUUUGAGGCGCUCGCCGAGACCGCAAGCUUCGCUCGCACCUGGGUGCCGUUCUGCCGCAAGCACGGCGUCGAGCCGCGCAGCCCGGAGGCCUACUUCGGCCAGAAGAGGGACUUCCUCAGGAACAAGGCCAUCCGCCGGCGCUCCGACGCGUACAACGCCGGCGAGGAGCUGCGCGCCAGGAGAAGGCAGCAGGAGGAGGCCAUGGCGGCCGGCACCCUUUCCGGAGCAUUGCCUGAGGCAGCGGCGGCCGUGAAGGCGACAUGGAUGUCUGACGGGUCGCAGUGGCCUGGCACCUGGCUCACCUCUGCGCCAGACCACUCCCGUGGUGACCAUGCCGGCAUCAUUCAGGCAAUGCUUGCGCCUCCGACGUCAGAGCCUGUGCUGGGCGCGGAGCCGGCGGAGUCCGGCGGACUGAUCGACACGACGGGCGUGGACAUCCGGCUGCCGAUGCUGGUGUACGUGUCCCGUGAGAAGCGCCCCGGGUACGACCACAACAAGAAGGCCGGCGCCAUGAACGCGCUGGUGCGCACGAGCGCCAUCAUGUCGAACGGGCCCUUCAUCCUCAACCUGGACUGCGACCACUACGUGCACAACUCGGCGGCGCUCCGCGAGGGGAUGUGCUUCAUGCUCGACCGCGGCGGCGACCGCGUCUGCUACGUCCAGUUCCCGCAGCGGUUCGAGGGCAUCGACCCCAACGACCGGUACGCCAACCACAACCUCGUCUUCUUCGACGUGGCCAUGCGCGCCAUGGACGGGCUGCAGGGCCCCAUGUACGUCGGCACCGGCUGCGUCUUCCGCCGCACCGCGCUGUACGGGUUCAGCCCGCCGCGCGCCACGGAGCACCACGGCUGGCUCGGGAGGAAGAAGAUCAAGCUGUUCCUGAGGAAGCCCACCAUGGGAAAAAAGACGGACAGGGAGAACAACAACGACAGGGAGAUGAUGCUGCCGCCGAUCGAGGACGACGCCUUCCAGCAGCUCGACGACAUCGAGUCGUCCGCGCUGCUCCCGCGGCGGUUCGGCAGCUCGGCAACAUUCGUGGCGUCCAUCCCCGUGGCGGAGUACCAGGGUCGGCUCCUGCAGGACACGCCUGGCGCGCACCAGGGCCGCCCCGCCGGCGCCCUGGCCGUGCCUCGCGAGCCGCUCGACGCGGCCACCGUCGCCGAGGCCAUCAGCGUCAUCUCGUGCUUCUACGAGGACAAGACGGAGUGGGGGCGGCGCAUCGGGUGGAUCUACGGGUCGGUGACGGAGGACGUGGUGACGGGGUACCGGAUGCACAACCGCGGGUGGCGGUCCGUGUACUGCUUGACGCGGCGCGACGCGUUCCGCGGCACGGCGCCCAUCAACCUCACCGACCGCCUCCACCAGGUGCUCCGGUGGGCGACGGGGUCCGUGGAGAUCUUCUUCUCCCGCAACAACGCCCUGUUCGCGUCCCCGCGGAUGAAGUUCCUCCAGCGCGUGGCCUACUUCAACGUGGGCAUGUACCCGUUCACCUCCGUCUUCCUCCUCGUCUACUGCGUGCUCCCGGCCGUGUCCCUCUUCUCCGGCAAGUUCAUCGUGCAGUCGCUCAACGCCACGUUCCUGGCGCUGCUGCUCAUCAUCACCAUCACGCUCUGCCUGCUGGCGCUGCUGGAGAUCAAGUGGUCCGGGGUCACGCUUAACGAGUGGUGGCGGAACGAGCAGUUCUGGGUGAUCGGAGGGACCAGCGCGCACCCGGCCGCCGUGCUGCAGGGCCUCCUCAAGGUUAUCGCCGGCGUGGACAUCUCCUUCACGCUGACGUCGAAGCCCGGCGGCGCCGGCGACGACGGCGAGGAGGACGCGUUCGCGGAGCUGUACGAGGUGCGGUGGAGCUUCCUGAUGGUGCCGCCCGUGACGAUCAUGAUGGUGAACGCGGUGGCCGUGGCCGUGGCGUCGGCGCGCACGCUGUACAGCGAGUUCCCGCAGUGGAGCAAGCUGCUGGGCGGCGCCUUCUUCAGCUUCUGGGUGCUGUGCCACCUCUACCCGUUCGCCAAGGGCCUUCUGGGCCGCCGUGGCCGUGUGCCGACCAUCGUGUUCGUCUGGUCCGGGCUCAUCUGCAUGACCAUCUCGCUGCUCUGGGUCUACAUCAGCCCUCCUGCGGGCGCCAGGGAGCUCAUCGGUGGCGGCGGAUUUAGCUUCCCGUAG